UUGCAUAAGAGAAAACCUCCAAGUUGGUUAGUUUUCUCUUUCACUUCCUCCUCUCUGUCUCUUUCUCUCGUGUCUCUCGUCUCUCUCCCUCUUCCUCCAUCCUCCAUGGCUCUCCGCAGGCCUCCACCAUCCAUGUAAACGCUCGCUCAGCUCCCCGACUCAUGUCUUCUUUGCCUCGGUGGUCACGUUCGCAAAAUGUCCUGGGCAGGUGCUCUCUACCCACCGGUGUUCACCCCGUUCUCCUUGGCUGUCCUUUUCUGGUCCUACUUCACCACCCGAAGUCUCAACCCCUGCUCAGAGGUGAUUCCAGGGAUGUCCUACAAAUGCAUGGAGCUGAACCUCAGUGGGAUCCCACCUGGCCUUCCCCAUUCCACGGAGAGCCUGGACCUUAGCUUCAACCCCUUGAAGAUCCUGACCUCAAAUUACUUCUCAUCAGUCCUCGCGCUGAGGUUUCUAGACCUCACCAGAUGCAACAUCCAGAACAUUGAAGACAAGGCUUUUGCGGGUCUCUGUAACCUUUCCGUCUUGAUCCUGACCGCCAAUCCUCUUCACUUCUUGGGCCAGAAAGCUUUCCACGAUUUGACUUCCCUGAGAAGGCUGGUAGCUGUUGAGACCAACCGGUUUUCCCUGGAGGACCUCCCCAUCGGACACUUGACAGCCCUUCAAGAGCUGAACCUGAGCAACAACCACAUCCAUUCCUUAAAGCUUCCGGAAUAUUUCUCCCAGCUACACUCUCUCCAGUUUCUGAGCCUCCAGUCAAACAUGAUCUCCGCCAUCUUUGUUGGAGACUUCGAGACCUUGUCCAGCCGAAACCUCUCGCUGGUAUUGUCCAGGAAUGAAAUUCAAUCGAUCGAACUUGGUGCCUUUGCAGGGGUCUACCUUCAGCAACUUACCCUGAGGGGCUCUUUCAAGAACAGCGCCCUGAUGCAGGCUGGCCUCCACAAUCUGUCAGGUCUACAGGUCACCAGCCUAGUGUUGGGAGAAUAUAGAAACAUUGAAAAACUAGAGACCUUUAACAAGGACCUCUUGGAUGGCCUGUGUCAUAUCCGCCUGCAGGAGAUAACACUCAUCCAUUUUUCAACCAUUGAUGACACCAACCAACUUUCUAAUUGCUUGAAUGACAUCCCUACGGUGCGGCUGGUGAGCACCUAUGUCCACCAAAUGUCCCCGUUUCCGGAAAAUGCCAGCGUACGCCAUCUCGAAUUCAAAACCUGCAAAUUCAGAGAGGUGCCCGCUAUGCAACUCUCUUCCUUGAAGGAAUUAAGAGUACUUCGGAUCACCCAGAGCCCAAGGCACCUCACCUCGUUUGAGGAGAAAUUUACGGACCUACGCCACCUUGAGACCCUUGACCUGAGUGAAAAUAGCCUCAAGGCUUCCAUCUGCUGGACUUGCCUCUCAGAGGGGGUUCCGAAUUUGAAGCAUUUGAACCUUAGCUUCAACUCCGUCAUCAUCUUGCCGGCAGAGUGCGGCAUCUCCAAACUUGAAUAUUUGGAUGUACAACACACCAAACUGUUUAACACAGGAGCUGCCCCGUCGUUCUUGUGCCUCGAAAAACUAAUCUACCUUGACAUGUCUCACACCAACACCAAAAUUGUCAUCGACAAUGUGUUUCAUGGUUUGUACAGCCUGAGGGUGUUAAAAAUGGCCGGCAACUCCUUUGAGGGUAACCAGCUAGGUGACAUCUUCAAGAAACUUACCAAGCUCCAGAUCCUGGACCUUUCAAGUUGCAAACUGCAGCAUAUCUUAGCUAGCAGCUUGGCCCACCUCCAUGAUCUCCACUUGCUGAACGUCAGCCAAAACAAGCUGGUAGAACUCCAUCCUGAGGUAUACGCCCACCUCCAUGCUCUCACUGUACUGGAUUUCCACAGCAACCAGUUGAACGCUUUGACAGACCAGAAUCUGGAGAACUUGCCAAGGAGUCUGAAAAGCCUGGACCUCUCUCAGAACCUCUUUGACUGUUCUUGUGACCACUUGAACUUCUUGAGGUGGGCCAAAAAGCACAGGGGCCUUCUUCAGCAUCACGAAAACAUGGUCUGCCAUAGCCCCGUGGACUUAAAAAAUGUACCUCUGAUGGAUUCUGAUUUGUCGUGUUCGGUAAGUAUGACCACUGUGGCUGUUGCCGUUGGCACCACGUUAGUCCUGGCCUUAUUUGGGAUUCUGGUUUAUAAAUACUAUUUCCAUCUCUAUUACAUGAUGGUGCUACUCAGUAGAGAUCGCCUUGCGACUGAGAAGGACACCGUUUAUGACGCUUUUGUUAUCUACUCCAGCGAAGACCAGGAGUGGGUGACGCGGGAGUUGGAGGAGACCCUCGAAGCUGGCGUGCCUCGCUUCCGCCUUUGCCUCUACUAUCGGGACUUCAUCCCCGGAGUCUCCAUCAUCACCAACAUUAUCAAGGAAGGCUUCCAGAGCAGCCGGAAAGUCAUCGCCGUGGUCUCCACCCACUUCCUGGAGAGCCGGUGGUGUAACUUUGAGUUGGAGGUGGCACAGUCUUGGCAGCUUCUGGACAGCAAGGCCAGUCUCGUCUUGAUUGUUUUGGAAGGGGUGGACAAAUCCGUGGUGCAGAAGAAGCUGGGCUUGUUCCGCUACUUGAGGAGAAACACUUAUCUGGUCUGGAGGGACAGGGAGUUGAAUCGGCACAUGUUCCUCAGGCAGCUGAGGUCAGCGUUGCUUGAAGGGAAGACAUGGACCGAAGAAGAACUGAAAUCAAUGUUAACUAACUAGAGUUACAUGUCUAGAUCACCUUGGGUGGCCUCUCUGAGACAGUCCACAUGCAAGAGCUGUUGUCUGGAUGAAAUUCCUUGGGAUGUCUUGGUGUGUGCCCCAAACAGCUCCUGCUUAUGGGAGGAGAGGUCCUCCUUGUUUGGGAAAAAGCUUGGUGAACCAUGUGCCACAAAACCAUCUGUUUCAAUCCAGAAAAGUGCUCACCAAAGACAUCUCAAUAGGCUUGAAGGUUCCACUAGAGUCUCGAUGUGUCUGUGUCUCUGCCUCGCUGUGUUUAUGGAUUUACGCCAGCUGUUUCCAGGUCAUGUAUGAGUCUGGGCAAAAUUUCUGUUGAGCUCCGUGGGGCUUACUCCCAGGUAAAAGGGUACUGGAUUGCAGCCUGAACUGACAACAUGGGUUAUGGGGCACACCAAGCAGGUGUAAACAAGGACAUUUUUCAAAGUUCCUCGAGAUCAAGCUAGAAGAGAAAGCAAUGACCAAAGGUUCUGGGUUUCAGAAGGUAACAAUUCUAAAUUAAAGGAGGAUAAUUGAGCAGGA